CUAAGCCCUUGCAAAAUUUUAGUAAGUGUGCCCACAAAUACAUUCACUCACACCAUGGCUUCUACUAACCAUUUCCAAUGCGUUUUCUUGGCCUUUCUCUUUGUCUUGGGAGUUUUGUCCUCUCAAGCUUCCUCUCGCAUUCUCAACCAAGAAACCAUGCUAGAAAUGCACGAGCAAUGGAUGACACGCCAUGGACGUGUUUACAAGGAUACCGAAGAGAAGAAUGCACGGUUUCAGGUAUUCAAGGACAAUCUCCAACAUAUAAAUGCCUUUAAUGAAGGUGUAGACCGAGGAUACAAGCUUGGUGUGAAUAAAUUUGCAGACCUGACCAAUGAGGAGUUUCGUGCUUCUCAUACUGGUUACAAGAGGCAGCCAACCAAAGAGACAUUUGUCUCAAAACCAACAUCUUUUAGGUAUGUAAAUCUAACUGAUGCGCCAACAACCGUCGACUGGAGAAACCAAGGUGCAGUUACUCCCAUCAAGGACCAAAGCCAAUGUGGAUGUUGUUGGGCAUUUUCAGCAGUGGCAGCUGUGGAAGGUAUUAACCAAAUUACAACCAGUAACCUAUUAUCACUCUCUGAGCAAGAGCUCGUUGAUUGUAAUACUGAUAACGGUGGUUGUGGUGGCGGCUUUAUGGAUACUGCCUUUCAAUUCAUCCAAAACAAUGGUCUCACAUCAGAAGAUAAUUACCCUUACAUUGCACAAGAUAACACUUGUGACAGCACCAAAGCAGCAACCACUGUAGUCCAGAUAACUGGGUACGAAGAUGUGCCACCUAGUAAUGAGCAGGCUCUUCUGCAAGCUGUGGCCCGCCAACCAGUUUCUGUUGCCAUUGAAGGUGGUGGACAGAACUUUCAUUUUUACCAAAGUGGCGUCUUCUCUGGGCCGUGUGGAACCAAACUUGACCAUGCUGUCACUAUAAUUGGAUAUGGAACUACUACUGAUGGGACUAACUAUUGGUUGGUUAAGAAUUCAUGGGGCUCUAGUUGGGGUGAGAAUGGAUAUAUGAAGAUCGACAGAGAUGCUGUUGCGGAAGGUCGAUGUGGCAUUGCCCUGAAAGCUUCUUAUCCAACUAUGUGAAAGAACGAGGAUGGUUGUGUCGUAUUUAGCUUGUUGAGCAUAUAAAAUAUAAAUAAUAAAGUUAUUGCUUUUUCUCUGUAAUAGUUUAUACUAUUAGAUGAGUUGGCGGGAAACGUUUUAAUUAUGAUAUUUAGAAUAGAAAAUAGACUUUCUAUUUAAACCUCGCAGUUUAUCCGAUGAGGCUGGUUGAGCAUAUGAUAUAAAUAACAAAGUUAUCUCUGUCUCUAAA